CAAAAUCACAAAACUUUAUAACCAUUAAUCACUUACUCAAUAAUUUUAUAUUCAUAAAAACCUUGAUUUUAUAUUAGGUACCUAAUCACGUAUCUAUUGAUAAUGGCUCGAGUAGCGAGGAUUGCCUUAGACCUUGCUCUGUUUUCUAUGAGAACAGUAACUCCGGCCGUCAGAUCGGUUUGGGGUACAGCCAAGGGUGCUAUUGUUGGUUCUAAAGCUGAAAGAAUUGUUGUAAAUCCGUUGGUAAAAACUAUUGAAGAUAAACUGGAUCAGUUGGUUGUGGUAGUUGAAAACAAGACAGAGAUGUUAAGGAAUAAGCAGUACCCAAAAGAACUUGAGUAUCUAGAAAAGGAAAUACAAAAUGUUAAAAAACGAAUGAAUGACAGUCAGAAUCCUGGAUUGGAUUCCAAAGAAAAAACUGAUAAUGUCCCAAAAUAGACUAAUUAUUUAAUGCUGUUAGGCUAUUAUAAGUUCUUGUCUGCCGUUAUGGAAAUCAUUGUUAAACAAUUGGUCAAAACUAGAUUGUAGUAGUAGGUAUACCGAUUAUACCUAACUACACUAAUAACAAUUUAAUUAAAUACUUUAUCAAUCUAUCUAUCUAACUACCUACUACUUUAACAUUUUAGCUGCAUCAAAAUCCAUUAAGCCAGCUGUAGGGACAGCAUGGACCUACGCUAAAAUGGAAAUGGCACCACCUAUGACAGUUAAUUUCUUACAUGGACCUACAUUCAAAAAGGUAGAAAAUGCCGUUUCAUCAGCUGCUGAUGGUUUCAUGGGAGCCCUAGACGGUGGUAUCAAAAAAAUUGAUGCAUUUGAAGCAAAACGUGCGUUAGAGCGUGAAGCUGCACGUAAGGCUGCACUAGAAAAACAAAAAGCAGAUGCGGAAGCAAAGAAAAAAGAAGAAGAGGAAUUAAAAAGAUUGGAGCAAGAGGAAAUUGAUAAGUACAAGUGUACCCCUGAAAAAGGUGCGGACUCAGAAACGGUUAAAAAAGAAGGUAAAGUUACUGAUACAAAGCAAGAUGUUAAAGUUGAAUCAAAAGAUAUUAAAGACGAAAAGAAGCUGAACGAAAAAACCGGAAGAACAAAGAAAGCUAAAAGUGUGCCUAAGAAUGAAAAAAAAGCUGAUGGGGUGGACAAAGGUACUACAAAAGUGGUUAAAUCGGAUACUAAAACUCAGACAAAAACAGCUGCGAAGGGUGAAAAACCAACAAUUGCAAGUGCAAGUGCAGAAAAAAAGAAGGAACCAGCUAGACGCAAGGAACCUAAGACGUCUAGACGAGAAACUAAAAAGGGAUCUGCACCUAAACCUAAUAAAUGAAAUUAACUAACAUAUUUUAAUAAAUAAAUAUGAAAGUAGGCUUGAAAAUAAA